AAAAUCAAGUGACAACCCUAUUUCUGUUAAUUUUAUAAAUGUUGUUUCUCAAGUUUGUAUCAAUGAACAUCCUUCAGAAUCUAAUGAUGUAAAUCCUACACCAGAAAACAUGAAUCAAAAUAAUUUGUCCAAUACUAAUAAUAGUGCCAUUCCUCUUUCAGAUACUAGAAAAGGCAUUGAUGCUGCUACUGCUAAUAAUAAUAACCUCAUUACAGAUAUUUCCACUAAUCUUCUCCUUUUUCAAGAUAAAAAUGCUAAACAAGCUAGAAAAGAUUUAAGACCUCUUUUAUCCUUAAAAAAAUAA